AUGCAGACGCCAAGAUCUGCGACCUUUCCCCGGCCGCUGUGGGCCUCGGGGACGAAGAUGCCGGAGCUUCACCCGGCCUUCUACAUCGCAGCGUGGAUAUUCUUCAGUAAUGUCACAAUUUUGUUUAACAAAUGGCUUCUCGAUACUGCCGGGUUUCCCAUCAUUCUCACGACGAUCCACCUCGCGAUGGCGACGCUGCUGACGCAGCUGCUGUCGCGGUUCUCCACUCUGCUGGACUCGCGGCACAACAUCCGGCUCACGGGGCGGGUGUACCUGCGGACGAUCCUGCCCAUCGGGGUGCUGUACAUGCUGUCGCUGGUGUGCAGCAACCUGGCGUACCUGUACCUGUCGGUGCCGUUCAUCCAGAUGCUCAAGGCGUUCGCGCCCGUGUCGACGCUGUUCCUGAGCUUCGGGCUGGGGCUGGCCAACCCGCGCGUCAGCGUGCUGGGCAACGUGCUCGUCAUCGCCGCGGGCGUCCUGCUCAGCAGCCUCGGCGAGGUCCGCUUCAGCUGGCUCGGCUUCGCCUUCCAGAUGGGCGGCACCGUCGCCGAGAGCCUGCGCCUGCUGCUCAUCCAGGGCCUGCUGAGCAAGGACGGCGACGGCGAGGCCGGCGGCGCCGUCAAGGGCAUCGGCAUGGACCCCCUGGUGGGGCUAUACUACUACGCCCCCGUGUGCGCCGUGCUGAAUGGGUUUGUGGCGCUCGUGACUGAAGUGCCCACGUUCGACUGGUCGGACCUGGAGAGGGUCGGCUGGGGCCUGCUGGCAUUGAGCGGACUGGUGGCCUUCAUGCUCAAUGUUGCGAGCGUAUUUUUGAUCGGCCGCACCUCGGCUCUCGCCAUGAAUCUGACCGGCAUCUUCAAGAGCAUUCUGCUUGUGGUGGUGUCGAUGAUGAUCUGGAACACGCCCGUCACGAUGCUUCAGACGCUUGGUUACGCCAUUGCGCUUCUAGGCAUGAUGUACUACUCGAUGGGGCCCGAGGCCGCAAGGAGCCAUCUGGAAGCCUGCAAAGCGUGGCUGAGAGAGAAUACCAACGGAGGUCGGGUCAGAAACCUCUUCACCUCCCCCUAUGAGACGGUCCCAUCGAGUGAUCCGAGGCUUUCUGAUGUCGAGAGGGGUGAGACUGAGCCCAAGGAAGAAGUGGUCGGGGCGGCGGAAAGGGAAAAUGCAGCGGCUUCCAAGUGA